UCCUUACAGCCCACUAAGAAUCUGCCAGCCUCUCACCAGGUGUACUGGGGCACCAAGGCGUUCUUCCCCAGCUCCUCACAGUUAAUCCGGAGGUGAGACGGGAAGUGGUGUGAAAGGUUCAAUGUCCAUUUAGGAACCGGAUGGCAGAGGGGAAGAAGCUGUUCCUGAAUCGCUAAUUGUGUGUCUUCAGGCUUCUGUACCUCCUACCUGAUGGACACUCUCAUUUCUGGAAGACUAUUAACGUGUAGAAAAAGUGGAUCUAAAAGAGUUAAAAGUUAAGAGUUAACCCUGCAGUCAGCUGGGAUUGCAUCAACAGACAUCCUUAACUGUAGGAUUUAAGAUGAAUUUCAUCAAUUUGAAUUACCAAACAGUGUGUUCUGAGGAAGACCGCAAGAAGCUUUUUAAAAAUGGCUGUUACAUGCAGGUGAACAAGAGGAAGUAUAGGAAACGAUUCCUCCGCAAGGACGGGAACUGCAACAUCCAUUUCAAGCGUGCUUUUGGUGAAUGGGAGAGCUACUUUUCAGAUAUCUUCACCACACUGAUAGACCUAAAGUGGAGGCAGAUGUUUCUGAUUUUUUCCCUGUCCUACAUCCUGUCGUGGUUGUUCUUUGGUCUUAUUUUCUGGAUCACGGCUGUUGUCCAUGGAGACAUAUUGACGAAGGAGGAAAACCACACGCCCUGUGUGGAUGAAGUUCACAGCUUCACCGCUGCUUUCCUCUUUUCCAUUGAGACGCAAACCACCAUCGGCUAUGGAUCCCGCUGUGUGACUGAGGAGUGUCCCUUCGCCGUCUCUAUGGUCACUUUCCAAUCGGUGAUGAGCUGUUUGAUAAACACCUUCAUCAUUGGCACAGUGGUGGCCAAAAUGUCCAAGGCCAGGAAGAGGGCCCAGACCAUUGGCUUCAGCAACAACGCGGUGAUAUCUCUGCAGAACAGGAAACUCUGCAUGAUGUGGCGCAUUGGAGACCUUCGAGAGAGUCACAUCAUUGAAGGCACUGUCCGUGCGCAACUGCUCCGAUUUAGGGAGCAUGACGACCACAAAUUGUCCAUGGAACAUCAGGACUUGGACAUAGGUACAGGUAAUGUCAUCCUCAUUAGUCCUGUCACCAUAGUACAUGAAAUUAAUGAAGACAGCCCACUCUACAACCUUAGCCAGAAGGACUUGGCUGAAGAUGACUUUGAAAUCAUAGUUACCUUUGUCUACUCUGAGGAUUCAACUGGAAAUACCCACCAGUCUCGGAGCUCCUACACACCUCUGGAGAUCCUAUGGGGUCACCACUUCAAUGACAUUCUGAAAGACAAGGCAAGCCAUUAUAAAGUUAACUACUCCCAGUUUCACAAAACCCAUGAGGUGGCCACACCUGACUGCAGCGCCAAGGAGCUCUAUUCGGCAGCAGAACGUGAGGUCAAUGUGCUGACAGUGGCUGGUUUAGACAGCGGCGAUGCAAGAUGCGAGAGUGCGAUCAUUCCCAGUGACGAUGAGGAGCACAACGCCAUACGAUACGUAUGCCAAAGGCCUGAACUUGUGUUCAGGUCCCUCUCCAUGGAGUCAGAAAUUUAACACUUGUCCCAAUUCCGGGCUCACUUCAGCAUAUGAUAGAAUUAAUGAGAACCUAGUUUAUUUAGGAAAUAGACUCAAUGCAGACUGUUUAGGCUCCUUACAUUUCUGUAACUGAUUUAUGAUUAACAUUGUGAGAGGUGUGAGGCAGCUUCCUCACCCUGUACCAUUAGAGAUGAUGACCAGAAUAGGGAACACUUGUAUAGCUGUCUUCAGUGCUAUGUCAGUUCCAAUAAUUUACCCUCUUCAGCAGAAUAACACCAUGAUAGUCCAUCACACAAGAGAUAUCCUUUGCUUGGAGAAGGAACAUCUAUUCUUUGCACAAAGUACAAAAUAAGUUUAGUAGUUUAGUUAAGUCACAAUGCAUUCUAUAGCUGCAGUCAGGUUGGAUAUAAGCAAUAAUCAAACUUUUUAAUAAUGAGAGAUUCUGCAGGUGCUGGAAAUGCAGAGUUACACAUGCAAAAUGCUGGAGGAACUCCGUAGGCCAAGCAGCAUAGAUGAAGAGGAAUAAACAGUUGAUUUUUCAGGACUGGUGAAGGGUCUUGUCCCAAAACAUUGACUGUUCAUUCCUCUCCAUCAAUGCUGCCUGAACUGCAGAAUUGCUCCAGCAUUUUGUAAGCGUCAGAUAUCUUAAAGAGACUUUUCAAAAUGUAUAAGGCCUAGAUCAUUCAGGUUUCUGUGACACCUAAUAGUUCCAUCAGCACCUCUCACAGUGAUACAGAGUUCAGGACCUCAAGCAGGCUUUCGAAACUUUGCCAAUUUCUUUCCCUCACAGAAGCUGCUCAACCCACUGAGUCCCUUCUCCAGAAGAUUGUUUCUUGCUGUAGAUUCUGACAUCUGCAAUCCUUUGUGUCUACUCAUUUAAGGUGGCUCUCUGUGCUCCAAACUACCCAAUGCAUUCCACACCCCUCACUCCCUCAUAAUCUUAAAUCAUGCUAACAGUUCUUUUGUAAACACUUAAGUUUACAUUGGGCGUAUUAAUACAUAAAAUGUGUGCCCCCAAAAUGGAAAUAGCAUCAGAAAUGGAAAGAUCACUUCAAGGAGUAAAGACAACACACGGAAAGCUAUAUUUAAUUAACAAUUAGCAGCAAUUAACAAUUGACAAUUCCCAACCAGCCAUACCUGCAGAGUCUGCACAAUACCUGGCCUCUACCCAGAAGGCCACUCUUCAUAUCACCUGUGAACGUACCUGGGACUUCUUCAGCUGACAAUAUCAGGACUGGUUUGAUGAAAAUGACCAGGAGAUACAAGAGCCAAGAAACAAGGAAAAUACCAUAUUCUAGACGAUGAAAACCAUUAUCACACAUAUAUUGGUCUACAAGCAUCUGGAAGUAAAAACCCAAAAGAAAGGUAAUCUGAAGCAUAACGGUCAGAAUGAACACAGGGAAUCAGGCAGCCACAGGACACACUGGAUUCCUGUGCAUUGUCAUGGCAACCUAUGGCCCAAACAUCUUGGACACUUACAUACUAAAACCUAAGAAAGAAGGAAAACUGUGGAACGAUGAGGCAGUGAAGUUCCACCACAAGGAAGAUCUCAAACUAAACUUUGUCCCUGACACGGAUGUUCUUAUUUCCACUCCUUGGCAAGUUAUGUUCUCCUACCGUGCCUCUAUCCCAACAUGCCAAGAGGUUGGCCAACCAUCAUCUGGAAAACAAUAAAGUCUUCAGAACAGACUUAAUCCCUGCAGAUGAAACAUUUCCAGCAUGAGUUCAUGGCAACAUUUUCUUCAUGUGAGAAUGGGAGACUAAUGUAAAGACUUUAGUGAUGUGUUAAUUAUGACUGUCUUCAAGAAGAGUGACAAAUCUGAUUGGGAUAAUUACAAUACUUGUUGACUGGGGCAAGGAAAUUCUCUUCACCAGGUCCUCUCUUUUCCUGCAGAUCUCCUCUUAGAGUUGCAAUAUAGAUCCUUCAAAUUAAGGAUCAAAAUGAUCUUCACUGUACAUCAACUCAAAAAGUGUAAGAACCACAUGAACUUUUGUAUACAACCAUCCCUGACCUCACAAAGGUCUUCAGCUUUGUUAAGCAAGUCCUCUCUUCACCCUGGAUGGGAUGCUUCUGGCCAAACAUCUACAAACUGCUUUUAUCCAUCCCCUACCCCGAACAGGGUAUCCUGGAUGUCUUCCUCUUGGAUCCCAUGAGCUGCUGGGCAUGGCUGUGGUUUAAAGAGUAUGGAGGAGCCAUCUUAAAUUUGGAUGGCUCAAGGCAUUCCUUACCAUCCUCCAUCUUCCUUGUGUGUCACACAAACUAUAAUCCUCAUCAGUUAAUUCACCACAAAUCUAAACUAGUUGGGUUAAGCAAGGUUAAAUCAUUGCACCAAAUAGUUGCUCAAGCCUCCUCUUUGCAAUAAUGCACUUCACCGCCAAAUAAGUCCCUUCUGUAGUGAAGCUAAUCAAUGGCUUUCAUGGUUUUCCUGUAUUUUAUGGCUAUCUAGAGAAGAUGAAUCUCAGUGUUGUAUUCUGCGUACACACUUUGAGAAUAAAAUGAACCUUUGAAGAUUUUGAACUUUGAACCAUUGAAUGAGUGGGAAACUGUUUAAUCUUCACUCCUUUACUCCAGAACCAAAUUAAUCAUUUUUUGUUCUUUGAGAUACAGCGUGCAGGGGUUAGUGUGUGUGAGCUUCAAGCUAUUGUUGAUUGCUUCACUGAACCUUAUGACAAGACAAAGUCUCACACCAAACCAGAAUAAGAAGGUGGGAGCAGGGUAAAUUCCUGCUUAUGAUCCCCCUUCCAUACUCAAUGCUUUGUGAAAGUGAAUCUAUUAACUAUCUAUUAAAAUCUAGUUAACUAUUGUUGUAACAGGAAGCCUUGCAACUGAAAUCCACAUUUUACCAGUAAUGAAUAAAUUGUAAUUUUAAAGGACUAGAGGGGCAGUUUAUUAGUUCAACAUGACCUUGUAAGUUCUGAUUUACUUGCAAUCGGAUAUAUUAGUAGCAAGAAUAUAUUGAUGGAUUACCAAGUUGUGUGACACAGUGGGGCAGGAAAUCUUUGGUCAACAGCACUCAAUGUCAGCAAGUAUCUGUGCGGCCCGUUAUAUUCAGCACCGUGACGUUUGGUUCAUUGAGGCCAACAAUUCAAGUGUUUAGUGAUUAGUUCCUGGGGGAAGUUAGUACUCCUAUAUAUGGAGCCUUUCAGCUGUAGAGCAACUGGUCACACUGACAUUUUUGGUCAAAGUUUAAAGUUCAAAGUAAAUUUAUUAUCGAAGUACGUAUGUCACCAUAUACAUCCCUGAGAUUCAUUUUGUUUAUUUAUUUAUUGAGGUACAGCCCAGAGUAGGCGCUUCUGGCCCUUCGAACCAUUGGGAUUUAAUCCUAGCAUUAUAAGGGGGCAAUUUACAAUGAGUAAUUAACCUACCAACCAGGAUAUCUUUGGACUCUGGAAGGAAACCGGAGCACCCGGAGGAUACAGAAAGAACGCACAAACUCCUUACAGGUGGUGGCGGGGAUUGAACCCGAGUGUGCUAACCACUAUGCUACCGUGCCUGCCCCACUCUUCUUGCAGGCAUCCACAGCAGAACAAAGAAAUAGAAUAGAAUCAGUGAAAAACUACACACAAAGAAUGACAAACUCCAAUAUACAAAGUAACAAAUUGUGCAAGUGUGAAGAUAAACAAAUAAGAACAAUAAAUAAAUAUUACUGAGAACGUGCAUUGUAGAGUCCUUGAAAGUCAGUCAAUUGGUUGAGUUCAAUGAUCAGUUCAGUGUUGAGUUGAGUGAAGUUAUCAGUGCUGGAUCAGGAGCUUGCUAGUUGAAAGGUAAUAACUGUUUCUGAACCUAGUGAUGGGGAGUUAAGGCUCCUCUACCUCCUUCCCGAGGGUAGCAGUAUGAAGAGAACGUGGCCCGGAUGGUGGUGGUACCUCACAGUGGAGGCUUCUUUUUUGACCAUCUGUGCUGAUCCCAGCUCUUCUGACCAAAAAUGAAUCUCCCCCCCCCCCCCCCGUGACAGCAUCUGACGUAGUCUCAUAGUCAGAAUUACUUUUUCCUCUAUGACCAUGUUCACUAUAUUACAGGUCCACCCCCUCCCCAUGUACUUUCAGUGUAUUGCUUGUUUUAAUACUGCUUGUGGCACUUAGGAAAUGAGUUGGAGCAAAUCUACUUUUAAUUUGGCACAGGCUGCAACAGUGCUACCUAGUCUGCUGUCGCUGCAUUGCAAACAAUUUAGUCAGCAACUCAGGCUCUGCUAUUGAUUUGUGGUUUCUCUCACACCAUGCGCUCUUCUCCUCAGACAUCCUGGUUCUGAUUCUGAUAAGGCCUGAUGAUUGGUCUCAGCCUCCUUUCCGUGGAUUAUACCUUGCCUGCUGAGUUCCUCCAGCAUUUUGUGGCUCUUGCUUCUGGAUUUCCAGCCUCUGCAAAAACUCUUGUAUUCAGAUCAGAAUCAUGUUUAUUGUUGCUGACAUAAGUGGAGGAACUUGUUGCUUUGUGGCAGCUGGACUGUGCAGGCAUAACAGCUCACUAUUAGGUACAAUAGAAAAUAAACAAAUAAUGCAAAAGAGGAAUCAUCAAGCAGUAUCCGAGAGUUAUUGGACCAUUCAGGAAUUUGAUGGUAGAGGGGAGGAAGCUGUUCCUAAAGUAUUGAGCAUGGGUCUUAAGGCUCCUUUAUCUCCUCUCUGAUGGUAGUAAUAAGAAGAGGGCAUAUCCUGGAUUGUGAGCGUCCUUCAUGAUGGAUGCCACCUUCUUGAGGUGUUGCCAUUUGAAGAUAUCCUUGCUGGUGGGAAGGCUUGUGCCGUUGAUAGAACUGACUGUGUCCACAACCCUCUGAAAACUCUACACCAGCUGGUGAUGCAACCAUUCAAAAUGCACUCCACCUUACAUCUGUAGAAAUUUGCUUAUCUGACUCAACAUCAAAGUUUCAGCCUGUAUCUUGUUCUGUACUUUUCUUACCUCAGUUCAGAAAAAUAUAAGUACUUGAGAUGCAGAUCUAGCAAAUGACAAUUACAUUACUCGCUCUGUCAGCUUCCAAUAUGAGCAGAGUUCCUUGGAGAGUGAGGUGACAGUCAGCCAACGAAAACCACUAUUCACAAAGCACAUGUUCUUGGCUCUAAAAUAUUCAGUGUUUUAACUAUUCCAAUAUGUUGUUGCACAGGCUGAUUGGGCUGUUAAGAGGACAUAUGAUUUGCUGGCCUUUAUUAGCCAGGGGACUUAGUUCAAAAACCACGAGGUACUGCUGCAGAAGACCCUGGUUAGACGACAUUUAGAAUAUUGUGUUCUGUUCUGGUUGCUAAAGUAUAGGAAAGAUGUAGAAGGUUUAGAGAGGACUUACCUAGAUUAGAGGUGAGAGGAGCAUACACAAACUGCUGGAGUAACUCAACAGGUCAUACUGCAUCCAUGGCAAGUGUUCCCAGGCUUUUUAUGCCAUGGACCCAUACCAUUAAGCAAGGGGUCUAUGGGAUCCUGGAUCUGUGGAGAGGAAAAGUCAGUCAACAUUUUGGUCUGAGAUCCUUCAUCAGGAAUUAUACUUAGUGACACUGGGCAGUCCACGUUAUUGUCAUGCCGAACAUCAGUCUCCAGAAACUAGAGAAAAUCUGCAGAUGCUGAAAUCUGAGCAACGGACACAAAAUGCUGGAGUAACUCAGCAUCUAUGGAAAAAAGUAUAGAUCUGGGUCCUGCCGAGGUGCCUCAGUCCGAAAUGUCGACUAUACAUUUUUCCAUAGAUGCUGCCUGGCCUGCUGAGUUCCUACAGCAUCUUGUGUGAGUCUCCAGAAACUGACAAACUUCUGGGUUUUCAUGGAAGUGACCACUGUGUGAAUAGAAGGUGGAUGUGCUCUAAGCCUCAUUGAUGAAGUUCUCACAUGGACCUCAUUAGCCACAGAGGAACCUGCAAAACUGUCGUGCAAGGAAGUCAUUCUCAAUCUUGAGGGAAUGCCAAAUGCAACACACUCAAAAUGCUGCACAAACUCAGCAAGUCAGAUAGCAACUAAGGCAGGAAAUAAACGGUUGAUGUUCCCCCUCCGUAGAUGCUGCCUGACCUGCUGAGUCCCUCCAGCUUUUUAUGUGUGUUGCUCCAGAUUUCCAACAACUGCAGAAUGGUUUGUGCGAAUGGUGAAGGUUAGAAUGAGAUCACAAGAUCUGAUCACUUAGCAAGUAGGACAACUCAUCCGACUGCCUCAUUUGGUUUUUUAUGACACACGUCUGGAUGCAAAAUGUAUUCAAAUUCAUGAGCAGGCUUUUCUCACACUGACACACCCGUAACAACCGAGGUUCAUUCAUUCAUAGUAAGGAAGGCUCCAUUUAAUAUAGACGUUUAAAGAGAGGCCAGAGACUUGCUUUUGUUGUUACUGGCCCCAGCGCAUUAGUGCAAUUAUGAGGAAAGCACGCCAGUACCUCAAACUCCUUAGAAGUUUGUGAAGAAUCAGCAUGACAACUAAAACUUGGACAAACAUCUACAGACGUGUGUUGGAGAGUAUAUUGCCUGGUUGUAUCACAGCCUGGUAUGGAAACACCAAUGCCCUUGAAUGGAAAAACCAACAAAAAAGUAGAUUGUUUUUGUGAGUGGGCUGUAUCCUUCAUCCGGUUAUGCUCAAGUUAUGUCCUUAUAACCACCCAGGUCACAUUCUUUUCUUGCUAUUGCCAUCAGGAUGAAGGUACAGGAAUUUCAGGACUCACAGCAUCAGGUUCAGGAACAAUUAUUACCCCUCAACCAUCAGGCUCUUGAAGCAAAGGGGAUAACUUCACUCAAUUUUACUUGCUCCAUAACUGAACUGUUCUCACAGCAUGUGCACUCACUUUCAAAUACUCUUUAUUUCAUGUUCUAGAAACAUAGAAAAAUAGAAAAUCUACAGCACAAUACAGGCCCUUCGGCCCACAAAGCUGUGCCGAACCUGUCCUUACCUUAGAAAUCACCUGAUUACCCAUAGUCCUCUAUUUUUCUGAGCUCCCUGUACCUGUCCAGGAGUCUCUUAAAAGACCCUAUCGUAUCCGCCUCCACCAUUGUUGCUGGCAGCCCAUUCCACGCACUCACCACCUUCUGUGUUAAAAGAACUUACCCCUGACAUCUUCUCUGUUCCUCCUCCCAAGCACCUGAAAACUGUGCCCUCAUGCUGGCCACUUCAGCCUCGGGAAAAAGUCUCUGACUAUCCACAUGAUCAAUGCCUCUCAUCAUCUUAUACACUAAUUUAUUUAUUCCUUAUUUAUUACUUUUUUUUGUAUUUGCUCAAUGUGUUGUCUUUUGCACAUUGUUUGCUCAUCUGUCCUGUUAGAUUCUAUUAUGGCUAUUGUUACUGAUUCCGUUGUGGUUCUUGGGUUUAUUGAAAAUGCCCACAAGAAUCUCAAUAUGGUGGCAUAAAUGGACUUUGAUAAUAAAUUUACAUUAUACUUUGGGAAAUGCUUAGAGUCAGAAUCAGAAUUAGAAUCAAGUUUAAUAUCAAUGGCAUAUGUCAUGAAAUUUGUUGUUUCGUGGCAGCAGUAAAUUGCAAUACAUAAUAAUAAUUAUAAAACUAUAAAUUAUUAGAAGUAUAGUAAAAUUAAAUUAAUGUGCAAAAAGAGAGGAAUAAAAGCACUUGUAGUGUACAUGGGUUCAUUUUCCAUUCAGAAAUCUGCUAGAAGAGGAGAAGCUGUUGCUGAAACGUUGGUGUGUGUGUUCUCAGGAUCCUGAUGGUAGCUUGCAUCGGUGAACAACACAGUCCCAAGGAUUUGCUUGCCCACAACUUACUAACACCAAUCCAGGUACCUUUGGAACAUGGGAGGAAAAUGGAGCAUCCCAAGGACACCAACACGGCCACGGGGAUAAUGUACAAACUCUAUAGAGACAGCAACGGGAAUUGAACCCUAAUCUCUGGCACUGUAAAGGGCUGGGCGAACUGCAAUGAUACCAUGCUAGCUGCAUAAAAUGGAGACUUCCUUAGUACUAACUGAUUACCCUCAGUUGUUACAGGUACGUCAGUAUGGGAGAAGCCUGCCCAUGCUCUUGAAUACACAUAAAAUGCGAUGGUCGGGAGGCUCAACAGCUACCUGAGGUGGUGCCCCACAGCACCAGAAACUUGAGUUUAAUUGUAACAUUGAAUCUUGUCAAUGUGGACUUUGCAUGUUCUCUUUGUGUUCCAGUAUCCUCAUAGAUUGAUUGGUCAUAAUAAAUCUCCCCUAGUGGAGAGAAUUUGGGCAGGAGCUGUUGUGAAUGUGGAGAAUAACAAAAAUGGAUUAAUAUGUAGGAUUGCUUUAAUUGAUUGGGGUUGGAGGUGGGUGAAUGGUGAGAUAGUACACCCCUUCCCAUCACUUAGGCAAGGCACCCCUUGUGUCCCAAUGCAUAGACCUGUAGUUUCCUGCACUAUCCUGAAUGCUGGUGCCCUGCUUUGAAUGGUCGUGGGACAGAGAUUCCCGGGAGUCAGUGAGAAUGUUACACUUCAUCAUUGAGGCUUGGAGUACAUCCACCCUUUAUUCACACAGUGGCCACUUCCAUGACAGGUUUGAAAAGAGUUUCUGGCACAUCCAUAUGGAGGGUUAGUAUAAAAGUGUGAUGAUGGGCAGUCCAGACUCAAUAGGCUAAAUUCUCCACUGUUGUGCUGUGACUCCCCGUGACUCCACAUCUCCUUAAUGUGUCAUGAAUCAGAUUCAGAAUCAGGUUCAUUGUAACUGUCUAACUGAAAUUGGUUGUUUUGUCACAACCAGGCAUCUAUGCUGCCUGGCCUCCUGCAUUCCACCAGCAUUUUGUGAGUGAAAAGGUAUGAUUUUUUUUUCUGCCCACAUGCAUUCCCAGCACCAAAUUGUAGUGACCGGUUCUCCAUGUGAGUUUCAUAUCAUGAUGAUGACAUCAUUAAUUUGAAGUCCAUGGUUGUGCCAUGAAUUCCUUAACUCGCUCUUCCUGCUAGUAUUUCCAAGCUGGUUGCCAGACACUUGCUAAGAAAGAGCAAUAAAGGUUAUUGAAAUACUCUCACCAAUUACAACGAACCUUACUGGAGAUAAAAAUGUGGUAGUCUAGACAAGUGCAUUUACUUCUGCGUUCAACAGACUCAAACUGAUAGGUUAACAUCUGUUGAUUAUAAAGAUCUUACAUGAAAGGUAUUUAGAUUGCCUCCGUUUUGUAGCCAUGGAGACAUUGUAAAAACCUUCAACUAAUUUGGCAAUUAAGUUCAAUUAAGCUCAGCAAUGUGUGAGGAUGGGAAAUGUUGCAUUCCUGACUUAGAUAAUGCUAACCGCACUUCUCAGUCAAAUCUGCUACGGAAUGGAAAAUGCUACCUAUUGCCUGUUUAUUUAUGAAAAUUAAGAAGAAAAAACAGCAGAUAACAAAAUUCUGAAAUAUUAACUGAAGAAAUGUUGGAAACUAUGCUGGUCCGACAGUAUAGGUGGGAAGAGAAACAGGUUAAUAACAGACCCUUCACCAGAAUGUUCUGUCCAUCUAUGUCCUGCCUUGAUAUCUAUAUUGUGGAACUUGACCAUUGGAAAACUGAAUUUUCCCAUUGAUAAAGGAAUUAUAAAGGGAAAAAAAAGUUGCUCUAGAUUUCGUGCAUCUGCAGAAUCUCUUGUGAUUAGGAAUUAUAAAGUCCUGUUUUUAAUUUAGUGAACUGACCUGAUCAUAACAUAUAAUGAGAAGAGAAAGUAUUGUGUACUGCUUUCUAUCAGUGAAGAAUGAAAGACAAACUACUGAUGAAUAUGUCUUUCAAUGAUGAUUUAAAUAGGACAUUGUUAUAAUUACCCAAAUAAAGAAUAAAGAAAUCUG